GGUAGAAGAGUUGUCGAACUUCCUUCCGUGAAGAGGGCGCUGUAACGCAUGGCUUCACGUUGAACUAACCAUGAAGAUUAAUUUGGGAUCCGAUUGAAGCAAGACGACACUGAGUAAAACUGCCUUUUGUGUUCAAGAUCAGAGUGCCACGUACAGUCUGAUCUUUAACUCAGCAGUCGUCUCUUAGCAACGAAAUCAGUUGACAAUUUCAAGAGAGGUAACUGCACUUACUGAAAGAUAUAUUAGCCCCAACUCUCAGUGCUGUCCGUGAUGGCAGGAGAUCUGGGGUCCUUUCUUCACUAUAAUCCAAGUCCCAGUCCUGCGAUGUAUACUGGUGGACGCCGUCCGUACGAGGACCUGGGAGGGUCCGAGGAUCCAUACAACAAGAAGCGGAAGACCGAAAUGUGGAACGAGGGAGGGUAUUCUGACUCCUUGGCUCUCCCACCCCCGCCACCCUUUCCAUACGGCAACCAGACCAAUACCAUGAGCAACAUCAGCAGCAUGAGCAGCAUGAACAGCAUGUUUGACAGCGGCAUGGACAACUACGAGAAUCCCUGGAAGAUGCCACGACAGUAUGACAACAUGGGCUCCACGACAGCAGCAUCCUCAUCCACUGGAGCUGACUGGAACAGUGGUGGUGGGGCUUGGGGAGGGACUGGCUCGUCAGGGUAUGGGGGGGACACUGGUUAUGGAGGGGGAUCCAGUUACAAGGGGGGCUCAAGUUUUGGACGGUCGUCCAAUUGGGGUGGAGCAGGUAGAGGGGGAAGGACGAAACAGUUUUCAUUCGGUAACCAGUCAGAAGAUACAGACUUUACUGAUGACUUUGCUGUGUUGAAGGCGGCGGAGAUCCAGUACAAGAAACAGGGAACUGUAGACUUUGAUAAGAUCAGGAAGGCUCUCCAACUGGUGAAUCAGCAGUCUGAUGGAGGGAGAGUCAAGAGAGGGGGACGAGGAGGAAGAGGGGGGAACUGGAAUGAUGGGGGGCAGAAUUGGAAUGACAAUCAGAGCUGGAAUGAUGGGCAGAGCUUCGGUGGCUUUGGAGGCGGAGGUCGAGGAGGUCGUGGUAGAGGCUUUGCCAAGAUGACACCUUAUGACAAAGCUGCUGGAUUUGGUGGUCAAAACAAGUUCAACAGAGGGAUGCGCGGGAAUCAAAGGGGUGGCCAAAUUGGUCGAGGAGGUCCCAGAGGGCGGGGAAACAGGGGAGGCUUUGGUCAGGUAGCCCCUGUUCACAGUCUGGCUAAAGUGUCUACCAUAGAUAGCUCCAACAUGUCCAUGGCAGAGAAGAUGCGCCGAUUUGCAUUGUUCAUCCAGAAUGACAGCCAGAGAGUCAAUGACAUCCAGACUAUUGAGAAUGGUCUGACAGGCAGCAAGCUCGGUCUGAAGUCUGACUAUCAAGUAGAGGAGCUCCUGAAAGUCUGCAACAAGAUGAUGUUCACUGGGAGGCUGUUCAUCGGAUCGGUUUUCCUGGCGAGAAGUGUUGGUGCAAAUAAGAAGGAAGUAAAGCAUGAAUGUUUCCGAAAGGCUGUGGAUGUCCUGAAAUCCAAGAGUGUUGCUGCCAUCAUGAAGAUGGAUGAUGUUGGGACUGAGAAAAUGAGAGCCGAACUGCUGGCAUCACUGAAGGAUGAAGGGAGCUCGAACCCAGUCAUGGAUGCCCAGAAGAAGGUAGCAAGUCUGGAAGAGGGCAGAGAACCUGCUGCCGGUUUGGUUGGACUUGAGGUCAACUUUGAUCAAUUGAUCCAGUACUUGAACAGUGGGAAGGCCAACUGCAACAAUGUCAUCAGUGAGCUGACUCAGUCCUUCUCGGCAUCCUUCUGUAACCUGAAUCACAAAUAUGUGGAAGAAAAUACCCGACUGCCCAAUGGGAAGCUAUGGUUCAAGGGGAAGCUGACGAUUAAUGACACAUUGAUAGCUUCAGCCACAAGUCACAAGAAAAAGGAAGCAAAGCUGAAGACAUUUGAAAAGGCCAUGGUGUUCCUGAAGACAAAACCCAUCUCUGUCAUCAUGCAGGGUAUCUCCCUAGAUGAAGCUGAAGACAUGCCCACAUCUGAUCCUUUAGCUGCAGCUGCACAAGGUCAAGACUUCAAAGAGGACAAUGCCAGUCUGCCCAGUGAGCGGACUCUUGAGAAACUGAAGACACUCUUGAUGUCGGUGCCAGAAUUCCCAGGUAUUGAAUCAGUCGUCAACCUCCUGGACGUCACUGUUCACCAGCUCCAGCUUGUGCCAACUUGUGUCUACAGGAAAGGAGGGGCCAAGGAUGUCAAAAGCUCAAUCCAGUGUGACCUCUACCUGGACAAUAUCCUGCUGGCUUCGGGGGAGGGUGAGAAACGCAAAGAUGCACAGUGCGAUGCUUACGUCAAAGCUUUGGAUGUCCUGUCCACAAGCACGGCUGAAAUAAUCUACAAUGACUUCCAGAGACUGACCCCCGAAGACACCAAGGGUCCAGGUGUCCUGGAGGUGUGGGUCAAAGGGCAGAGCAGGACUGGGGAGUCCAACCUACAGAGGCUGAAGCGGAUGAAGCUGGACCCGAUGGAGCAUGGCAAGGACAAGAAUGAUAUCGUCCUCAUCGAGCAUCACGAGUGGGCGUUCGACCGGAAGAGACAAGCAUUCUGCAUCCUCAACAUGAGUGCUACCCAGAAUGCCAUGCUGCUGGAAUGGAAGAUCAGCCCAGUUGGAACAUUUUUCAAGUGUGAGAUGUACAUCCAGCAGGAACCGGUGGGAGAGGCAUGUGCCCCCGCCAAGAACGCUGCUCGCAACCUGUCUGCCGGAGAUGCCUUGUUCAACCUGUAUCAGACACAGACAACGAUCAAGGUUGUAUCGCGAGAUGAGUCCAAUUUCUGGUUUACCUAUGAGACAAUCCAGGAGAAAGCUGACAAGCUGAAGGCUGAGAGUGGCGACACUGGCAACGAUGACAUGGUUCCAGUGACCCCAGAUUCCAUUACAGAGGAGAAGCCAAAGAUGGAAGAGAAGGAGGGCACAGCCAAUGGGGAGGGGCAACGUCCGACUCUGAUGGCUAACAAGUGGAUCAAACUGGUCAUGGAACAGAUGGUGGAGAAAUUUGCCAAGGAGGAAAACCUGGAGGAGCUCCUAUUUGGACCGGGAUUUCCUCCUGGGGAGAAGAAACUACUGAACUUGAUCGCUCGCAGCUAUGACCUCCGCUUCUCCACUAAGCAGAACAAGGAUCAUGCAUACUCCGUCAUCUUCAGGAAGUUUAUGCCAGACAAGAUGGCAGAGCUGCUGAAGAAGAAUGGUGGCCACAGUGGCAAGUACUCCAUCAUCCCGAAGGAACUUCUUCCCAAACAUGCUGACAUCAAGGAUCAGUUGAUGCCACCUCCUAAACAAGAAGGCCAGAAAGGGAAAGGGUCUGUCACUCAGUCGUUUGAAACAUCAGGAGAAUAUGAAACUGCACAUUCUACCUUCUUCGACACUUCAACUUCUGGUUCUAAAACCAAAGUGAAAUCUCCAUUUUCAAAUGUAGGUCGUGGGAAUGCGUCCUUCCAGACAAGUACACCCAGGGGUGGGAAUAAGGGGAAGCGUGGGCGUGGCCGAGGAAAGGGGAACAAGUUUGUGUCUGGGAACCUGCAAGGGAACGGAGGGGAUUGGGAAGCUGGGGCUGGAGUGAAAGACGAAGACAUGCCUCAGUGUGACGAUAAUGCAGGUGAGCAGAUGGAAUACACAGCUUGAUUGUGACGAAAGACUGGGGAUUGUAUGGACAAAAUGGCUACACAGAUAGCCAAUGAUGACUUGUGUAGACCUGCAGCAAGUCUAGUGUGGCAGGUUUUCCAAUGUGGAAUUGACACUGAAUUGUUUGUUUGGAAGGAUUUGGAGACUUUGAAAACAGCUUCUCAUUUUGAAAUGGAGUUCUUUUUAAAUUGUGUUGUAUUGUCAUUUCACCCAGUACCAUCAGGUAACUUCAUUGUAUGCCUUAGAAAACAUUGUUCACAUUAUAUCCUGCUGAUCAGCCAGGUGGUAUAAAGUUUUAUACAAGUAAUACAAGGGUAGGCGACAUGUUUAAACUUCAAGUUUAUCUGUGUGCCAAUAUGUAAACCAUUUUGAAGAUUUGUGACUCACUCAUAUUGUUCUUGUUAAUAAGUGCUUUGUCUUUGGAAUGAUACUGUUCAGUAUUAUUGGAUUUAUCAAGUAUUUCCCAGAGACAAGCAGUGGCCUGAACUUUAAAUAGAUUUUUUUAAAUAAUGUGUUUUCUGGGUAUAUUUCUUUGGUUCUGUUUUGUAUCGGUAACUGCAGCAAACUUAUUGUAUCCAGCAAUUCAAAACGUUGUACAAUUUCAGACUUCAUUCUGUAUUUCAUUGUGUUUGGCAUGCAUUUACCUUGUGGGUUGAAUGUCAGGUGAAAGACGAAGCUACCCGUUAAACAUCAUUCAUAUCGAAGUAGCAUUUUGAAAGGGAGAGCUUUAUUACCUGUCCUAAGAGUGCUAAAUUGAAUUUGGGAUAACAUGUGGCUUGAGAUUAUAUUUAUGGUUUCUAAUUUUAGCUGAUGUGGCUUAGUAUAUGACUUCUACAGUUUGAUUUGUGACUUUUUUUGUAGAGGUUAGCUGUCAGUUUCUGUCAAUACAAGCAGGAGGGGUCUAUCAGUUGUGAAAUGUUGGGAGUGUCACCUAACAAAUACCAAGCUGUAGCAGAAUGUUUUGUGUGGAAUAUUUGGCGUUAAUUUUCCUUUACAAUCAAGCUUGAACGGUUUUAAUUUGGCUUAUAUUUUAAAUAUCAUGCAUGUCGUGAUAAUUCAUAAGUUAGAUCAUGCAGGAAAAUCAUCAGUUUUCGUGAUUAAAUUUCAUCUGUAUAAUAUUGCAGUGCUAACUCCGAGACAGUGUUUUAGAACCCUAUGUACAUUACACUUUCAUUUCUACCAUGAUGUCUAACUAUUGUUUCAUUUCGUAAGGAAAGCAGCAUUAAACCCAACUCACUCACUCAUUCAGACGUAUUGUAAUCAAUAUCCCAGUGGUCUAUUCAAGCUAGGCCAGAUUUUUGUCUUAAAAACCUGGUUUACAAAUCGACUGAUUCCCAAAAAUUUGAAUGUCAAAAAAUGAGUUCCUUAUUCUAACAGCCAGUCUUAAAAAUCUCACCCACUUUAUUAUGUAAAAUAUUUUUUCCAACCUGAUUACAAUUUUUAGAAUUCAGAACAAAUAUAUCGGAAUUUUGUUUUAAUCUUUUCUGCCUGAAGUCUGGACGUAUCGUCAUGCUGUGCCUCCUAUUAUGUAUAUUCUAGUAUGUGUACAUUCUACAAUGACCUUUGCUGCAGUGUAACGAAUCAAUCAAAUUGGUUCUGUAAUUCAUCAUUCAGUCUGGCAGGAGUCACAAGUAUGCAUUCACUGUUAGGAAACCUUAUCCCUGAUGUAACAGCUGUCAAUCAUUAUUUCAUUGUAUCACAAAUAGGAAUAAAAUUCUUGUGGAUA